UUCAUAUAAACUCUCAGCUCCUACCCCGAUCGCCAGCGGCCAGAGACCAGAUCACGCACGCACAGCCGCAGGCAGCAGCAGAGCGCGGCGGAGCCAGGCGAAGGCGCGCGGGCAAGGGCAUGGACUGGCACGCGUGGCUGUCGGGCGCGCCGCUGGAGCCGGCGCUGGCGUACGAGUACGCGCUGGUGUUCGCGCGCAACGAGCUGGACGCCGGCGACGUGGCCUUCCUCGACCACGAGCUCCUCCUCAGCAUGGGCAUCUCCGUCGCCAAGCACCGCCUCGAGAUCCUCAAGCUCGCCUGGCGCGCCCGCCGCAGGUCGUCGCUGGCCCGCCGCCUCCUCGGCCGCGUCGCCAGGUGCGUGCGCUCUCUCGUGCGCCGCGGGGACGGCGGCUCCACGGCGCUCGUGCUGGUCCCGAGCCAGCAGCAGCCCGACGACGGCCGCAGCCCGCGGGGCGCGGGCGUCCCAGCCGCCAGGCAGCGGCGCCGCGGCAAGGCGCUGAGGCGGGCCGCGUCCGAGCCCAAGGGGUACGCUCCCAAGGCCGCCAUCGGCGGCAGGGCCGCCGCCGCCGUGCACGCCGUCGGGGACGUGGACAACGGCGACGAGAUGGUCAGGUGGGACCGCCUGUUCAAGGACCUCAAGCCCAACUGACGCCGCCACGAAAGACCUCAUGAUGAUCGAGAGGUGCAGGGACGAUAAUCUGUAUCUAGUGUGCUAAUGGUUGUGCUUGUGUUUGAUGAGUGAGUGGUGUUGGUUUGCUCUACUCCGUGUCCAGUCCCGUUCAUCUUGUUGCAUGUAUAGUCUGCAUAGUCUAUGAUAGGAACUGGCCGUCGGACGUCUGCUUUGGUUUGGUUUGAUUUGAUUUGCCGUCCCACGGUCUUAGGCUGUUCUGUUGUUGUCAUGCUGUAUAAUAAACAUGGUGAUCUCUGCUUCUGUUCUUUGCAGUUUGCACAAA